AUGCGUGUCUCGGUAUGCUUGCGUGCCUGCACCCCUGCUUCCGUUUGCUAUGACUUCACCUCCCUCUGUUCCUGGUGCCUCUUCCCUACCCCCACUGCCCCCGUGCAUGUACUGGGAUGCCCCCCCUUGUCGCUUCUGCCCCUACCUGUGGCCUCUGCCCCUCCCGGUCGCCUCCGCUCUGCCUUGCGCGCAGGCGAUUGCAAGGGCUGGAUAGCGGAGUGGCGGCCAGUGGAGGGCGGCAAGUGGGUGGUGGGCGACAGCAAGUUCAGAGGGCACCAGGGCAGCGUGGAGGACAUACAGCGCUCUCCCUGCUGUCCCUCCAUCCUUACACCUCACAUUGCAACCCACCUACCCACUCUCCACCUCCCCUCUCCUCCAUCCCCUCCCUCCUCCCCCCUUAAAAACACCACCGCCAGUGGAGCCCGAAUGGAGCCACGGAGCCCGAGGUGUUUGCAUCCAGCGGGGUGGACGGCACGGUAUGCUUUUGGGACGUGCGUGCUGCCUCGCGCACCGCGCCCGCGCUGCGAGUCUAGGCGCAUGACGCCAAUGUUAAUGUCAUCUCCUGGAACAGGUAUGCUCCGAUAUGCUCUGCCCUACUCUGCUCUGCCCUACUCUGCUCUGCCCUACUCUUCUCUGCCCUACUCUUCUCUGCCCUACUCUGCUCUGCCCUACUCUGCUCUGCCCUACUCUUCUCUGCCCUACUCUUCUCUGCCCUACUCUGCUCUGCCCUACUCUGCUCUGCUCUGCUCUGCUCUGCCCUACUCUGCUUUGCUCUGCUUUGCCUUGCUCUACUCUGCUUUGCUCUGCCCUGCUUUGCUCUGCACUGCACUGCUUAACAUUCAACCCCUUUUUACGGGCGCCUCAAAACUUGCUCCUGUCAUUGUUGACUCGUUCCCACCCACCCCCUUCAACAUCCUUGCAUGCACAUUCUGCCCUUCCCGCCUCCACCUCUUCCUCUCCCUGGCCUCCUACUCCCUGCUGCCCUCCUCCCCCGCUCCGCGCCCCCCUCCUCUCUCCCCUGUUCUCAGAUUCGCAAGCUGCAUGGUGGCAUCGGGGUGUGAUGACGGGUCCUUCCGCAUCUCGGACCUGCGCCCCUCUCACCGCCCUUGCUCGCGCAUUCUGCCCCCCUCCUCUCUGUCUCCCCCUGUGCCCCCUCCCUCCCCACGUCCCAGACUGGCAAGCUGCAUGGUGGCAUCGGGGUGUGAUGACGGCUCCUUCCGCAUCUGGGAUCUGCGCUUGCUGCGGGAGGCGGGGGCGGGCAAGGAGGGCGGCGCCUUCAUAGCGCACUUCAACCACCACCGCCAACCCAUCACGUCCAUUGAGUGGAGCCCGCAUGAGAUCUCCACACUCGCUACCUCCUGUGCCGACAACCAGAUCACGUGA